AUAGACCCUGACUUAUCCACUGACGAUCCUCUCAGGUACCACGUUCCUGAUAACGCUCGGUUGGUCGGAUAUCGCGCUCUUCCGCAGGGGGUCCGCUGGUGAUCGGCAUAACGUCGGAGAAUUGAUUGCGCGAAGGAAUAGGGAUCGACGAACUAUGCGGAAUGGUUCGGUCGCCUUUAUAAAAAGUAACGGACGCCUGUAGGUACAUUAUCGGUCAAUUUACUGAUCAUCUCCAGUCUCCAACAUGGUCUCGAAACUCCUUCUCCUUACCGCUGCGCUGUCGCAGCUUGUCCAGGGCGGUCUCAUCCGCCGAGAGUCCAUCGACCAUGACAAAGUGGUCGGAUUCCCCGAGACAGUACCCUCCGGGACCACUGGCGAGGUGUACAAGGCGUAUCAGCCGUUGCUGAAAGUCGUCAAUGGAUGCGUCCCGUUCCCUGCCGUGGAUGCCCAGGGAAACACCAACGGGGGCCUCGACAUCUCAGGCUCCAGCAGCGGCGACUGCUCCAAGAGCGACGGCCAAGUCUACGUCCGGGGCGGGAAGUCCGGGGACAAGUACGCGCUCAUGUACUCGUGGUAUUUCCCCAAGGACCAGGCCGCGCCGGGCAUGGGACACCGCCACGAUUGGGAGGGCGUGAUCGUCUGGAUCUCUGACCCGGCCAAGACAUCCGCGGACAAUAUUCUUGCCGUGUGUCCCUCCGGUCAUGGCAAAUGGGAUUGCUCGACGGAUGGCUACUCGCUGCAGGAGACACACCCCUUGAUCAGGUAUUACAGUGUCUGGCCUGUGAACCACCAGUGCGGGCUCACGGAUGAGGCGGGUGGAUCGCAGCCUUUGGUUGCCUAUGAAAGUUUGCCCGAGCCUGCGAAGAAUGCGCUGGAGUCAACGGACUUCGUCAAGGCGAAUGUGCCAUUUAAGGAGGAGAACUGGGCGGAGAAUCUGGGAAAGGCUACUUUCUAA